AUGACGAAAAUAAACAACGAAGUUGAUGACUCCAGAGAAUCUAGAGGAUUCUCUAAGCUUGACAUGGGUGAGCACGGUGGUGCGACGAGCGACGAUGAUGAACGAGCCGAAAAACCCUGGCAUCGGGUUGCAAAGCAGUUCAGUAAGAAAGGUGAACAUUUUAAUGAACCUGUGGGAUCAGUUCCUAGUGUUGUACUGAUAUUAGUACUCGGAGUAUAUCUGUUGCUUGGGUUCUUGACGCAACUCGUAGAAGAUGAUAUGCCCAGUGUUGUUAAGAUUUCUUCUCUGGACAGAGAUACUUCUGACAGAUUUAGUGAGGAGUCAGCUCUGCGUUAUCUGGGCAAGAUCUUAGGAGAUAAACCGAGGGUAUCAGGCACCAAAUACCACUUUGUGAAGACCCGCGAUAUGAAAAGUUUGGUGGAUGACAUCGCUGCGAGUGCGACCAUAAAAGUCGAAACUGACUGGCAGAUGGUUACCGGUGACUACUUUCUGAAGAGUUCUGCACCGUUUUUUAACUUCUACCACAAUUGCUCGAACAUCAUCGCGUUGUUGGAAGGAGACAGCGGUUACCACAGCGAUGGAUCUUUAGGCAGCUCCAUACUUGUGAACUGCCACUACGAUUCUGUACCCUUUGCUAUGGGAGCAUCAGAUAACGGCAUUUUCUGCGCCGCAAUGGCAGAAACUCUCUCAAGAUUAUCAAAAAGAAGAACCAAACUGAAACACAACGUUAUAUUCUUAUUUAAUGGCGCUGAAGAGAAUCCUUUACAGGCGAGCCACGCCUUCCUCAGUCACCCCUGGUCUCGAGGAGCUGUGGCCCUCAUAAACUUGGAUUCUGCGGGGAUGAAUGGAAAACCUAUGGUAUUUCAGGUGACAGACCCUAGGGUCAUCAGCGCGUACAGUCGUACAGCAAGCAGGCCAGCUGCCCAAGGGCUGGCUGAGUUCCUGUUCACAGCAGGAGUUAUUCGUUCCGACACGGACUUUAGGGUAUUCAGAGAUUUUGGGAAUAUUCACGGUAUCGACAUAGCGUUCACCAAAAUGGGUCACGUGUACCACACCCGGAACGACGCGGUCGAGCUCAUCAGACCAGGGGUGGUUCAGAACGCCGGGGAUAUGCUGCUGGGGCUCGUCACGCGGGUCGCUGAUCUUGAAAAUAUCGGAGAGAAGAUGAGGCCGACUGCUGCGGUGUACUUCGACUACCUCAACGCGUUCAUGGUGACGUACUCGUACACCGCCGCGUACGUAGUCGACGUGCUCGUCGUACUCGCCGGACUUGCUUCUGUUUACUAUUAUCUGUGGCUCGUCGGCGCCAGAGUAUCAUCCCUCAAGGAGUUAUCGUUAGCGGCAGUGAGUCGGCUGCUGUCCAUGGUGGCGGGGGCCGCGGUCGGCGCUUUGUUUGUAGUCAUCAUGGUCGCCACCACUACACAGAUGAGGUACCUGUCUAGAGCGUGGCUGGUGGUGCCGCUGUACUGGAUCCCAUACCUCAUCGCGGCUAUCGUCACAUCUCAUGCUUUCGACAUGUGGAGAUGGAAAAAAUCAGGCCUCUCUCGCUCUCUCCGCAUGCUCCAGGCGAUGGCAUCUACGCGACUCCUUCUCUCCGUGAUCCUGCUAAUAUUAGUGUGUAUACCCAGCCUCACCCCUCUGAGGUACUUGGUGGGAGUGCCACUGCUCAUAAUGACCACCACGUCAAUUAUGUCUAUCACCGUGGUCAGAUAUAUCAGGCUUACAGGCUGGCAACACCUGAUCCUAGAAGUGUUAUUGUCUCUACCAGUAGUGAUGUGGACGUUGUCGCUGGCGCUGCGCCUGGACGCCAUGAUGCUGCCCCUCAUGGGCAGGUCUGACCUCAGUUACCCCGACUACACCGUGGGGCUGCUGAACAUUGGGCUGGUGAUUUUGGUCGCCACUGGUGUGUCGGGCCUCGAACUCCUGUUCUCUCGGAAGCAUAUGUGGCUGGUGAUGACCGCGGUAGGGAUCCCAUGUAUCGUGCUAAUGUUCAUCCCCUUCAGCCCUUAUGAUGAAAAUGGGGUGGCUCUACAAAGGCAUUAUUGGUUUCAUUCACAAAUAACAUCAUACGAUAUAAACGGGACCCAAACAUCUCAGACGUCGGGGAUCUUGGUGAUGAAGAUGGACCCGUACGGUGUGAGGGACGUGAUCUCCGCCCUCUCCUCCUCAGGAAUGGACCUCGAAGUUCGGACGGACUUUGGCGCUGAUUGUGACACCAUGGUGUACUGUGGGAUGCCUACAUAUAGAUCAGCGUUUGGGCGGCAAAACCGUAACGCCAUGUUCAUAUACACGGAUCCGCCCGCCCCUGCCCAGUACGACCCCCCCAUUUCCUUCACAGUGGAGUCCAAGAUCUGUUCAGGGAACACCUGCACUUACUAUUUCCGCAUGACUGGUAGCGCCCACAACAUAGUGACGUUGUGGCCCUUGGCUAACAUCACCAUCGAGAGCUGGUCCCUCCAAUCACCAGUUGCGGUGUGCUUCACUCAGCUGGAGAGGCCGGUGUACGUCAUCUACCAUGCCACAGCCACAUACAUGGAGCGAUGGGAUCUACAGUUCAUGGUUGUGUUCAAUGUACCACAAUCAUUGCAGUCUGGACCAAUCGUAGAGAUAUCCCACCACUCCAACAAACUGCAACACCCAGAAGACUUCACAGUUGAAUACACGAAUAUACUCAACUCCAUGCCCAAGUACUUCAACAUCGCGACAAUACUGUCUGUUAGAAAUAAUUAUGUGUUCUGA